CGAGUUCAAGAACCAACAGUGCGAUCUGUCUCUCCCUCUCAUACAACCGCAAUGUGGGGCCUGGCUCAACCAGCACCACCUCUCAGCAAACGCAGAACAGGUCAGGAACUAGCACUACCCCUACAGCAAGGAGCAGGAGGAGAAUGCUGCCGCCAUUCUGCGAGAGAAGAAGGAAAGGAUGGAGAAGAGGGAGUUGAUGAAGCAAGCCAAGAUGUUGGCCUUGCUGGAGGAGCAAGAGGCGAAGAAGAGGCAGCUGGAGGAGGAAAUGAGGAAGUGGACGCAGGAGCAGGAGGAGAAAAUGGUGGCUAUAUAAGCGGAGGAGUAGUGCCCAAACCAAUCCAGCACCGUAUAGAGAUAGAACCUGGCAGUAGAACGCCUAAGGGGGCAGUCUACAGGAUGUCUCCCGAGGAGUUAGAGGAGCUUCGCAGACAGUUAGAUGGGCUCCUAGAAAAUGGAUGGAUCAGGCCUAGUUCGCCACCGUUUGGCGCACUUGUUCUGUUUGUCCCAAAGAAGGAGGGAGCGCUUCGCAUGUGUAUAGACUACAGGGGACUUAAUGCCAUCAAAAUUAAGAAUGUGGAGCCAUUGCCACGUAUAGAUGACUUGUUAGAUCGUGUGCAGGGAUGCAGGUACUUCUCAAAGAUAGACCUGAAAUCGGGGUACCAUCAGAUAGAGGUGCAUCCUGACGAUCAGUAUAAGACGGCGUUCAGGACAAGGUAUGGGCAUUACGAGUUCAUAGUGAUGCUGUUUGGACUUACUAAUGCACCAGCUACAUUUCAGUGUUGCAUGAACAACUUGUUUAGACCAUGGCUAGAUAGGUUCGUCGUGGUCUACCUAGACGACAUCCUAGGGUUCAGCAAGACCCUCGAGGAACAUGAGGGCCACCUGCGACAGAUUCUAAGCAAGUUGAGAGAGUCUAACUUCAAGAUUAACCCGAAGAAGUGCGAAUGGGCCAAGACACAGGUCCUAUACCUAGGCCAUGUACUAGACAGCGAUGGCAUUCGGCCUGAGGAUAGGAAGAUUGCAUUCACCAGAGAUUGGCCGACUCCUAAGACGCUGACAGAGUUGCGCUCAUUCCUAGGACUGGCUAACUACUACAGGACGUUCGUGAGGAACUUUUCCACGAUCGCUGCUCCCCUUCGUAGACUUAUGAAGAAAGAGACUAUCGGGAAGUGGGACCACGAUUGUUCGUCAGCCUUCAAAAAAUUGAAUAAGGCUUUGAUAGAGUACCGUGUCCUCAAAGUCGCUGAUCCAGCAUUACCAUUCGUUGUUACUAUAGACGCGAGUCAGCAUGGCAUAAGUGUCGUUUUACAACAAGAUGACGACAACUGUUAUAGGCCCGUAGAGUUUAUGUCAGCCAGGCUGCCCUCAGAGAAAGUCGCGGCAUCAAUAUAUGAAAGAGAACUCUACGCUCUUAGGCAGGCUCUAGAGCACUGGAAACACUACCUGCUUGGGAGGCACUUCAAGGUUUACUCAGACCACGAGACUCUUAGAUGGCUAAAAACACAGGCCAAGAUGACGCCCAAGUUGACUAGAUGGGCUGCUGAGAUAGACCAGUAUGACUUUGAGUUGAAAGUUGUCAAAGGCAAGUAUAACGUGGUAGCUGAUGCGCUAAGUAGGAGAUUUGAUUACUUCGGUGCAAUAGUGCAUUACCUAGACAUAGGGGCCGAUCUGCAGCAGAAAGUGAGAGAUGCCUAUGCACAGGACCCGGUCUACAGUGAGCUGCUGAAAAGAGUAAGGGAAGCCCCAGAUAACAUUAGGAAUUUAUUAGCCAGCGAGGCUCGCAGAGAGUAUCACACUUUUGAGUCAUUCAACAAGAAGGCCCUAGACUUAGAGGCUACGCUGGGUGGAGCUCAAACCCCUUCUACGGAUGGGAGAACGAAGAAGACUCCACAAGAGUGGAAGAAGAAGGGUAGUCGAUUGAUGAUGGUUGAUUCCGAUGGGAAUCAAACCGAGAUCGGUGAUGUUUUCGAUCUUGUGGAGGGUUCAGAGUUUGACGGCGAGGAGAAUGCUGAGGGUAGCAACCUCGCCGCCGUAGUCAAGACUAAGGCAGUUGGCCGUGGCAAGGGCGGUCAACAAACGAGUCAGGGGCAGGCCCCUAACCCAAACAAAAUAGCUGCUUGGGUUAGAGUAGGUCUGGAUCAAGAAGUGUGGCGGGAUCGUUGGUCUCGUGGUGCUUGCAUUAACUGCGGUGAGUAUGGUCACACACGGUUCAAGUGCAAGAACUCGAAGGUCUCGCAGAAGAUCCCUCCUAAGGGUGGGUUCCCUUCUUCUCAAUCUGGGGCCUCUACGAGCUCCAGCUCGGGAAGUUGGAUGGCCAAAGCUAUUGACUUCUUAGUCACCCCGCAGACGCAUCCGGACCCAACUAUACUCUGUACGUUGGAUGUGUCUGAGGCCUUAGAGGACCUUCAAGGUGAGUGGUCGAGAAGGGACCCUUGUGAGUCUUGGGUGGCACUGAGUAGAGGUCCUAGAGGGGAGCACUUCGUUGUGGAAGUUGAUGUGGGUGGUAGCAAGUGCGGCACCUUCGUAGACAUUGGCUCCACACGAAACUUCAUAAAUCACGACUACGUUGACAGACUGUGCCUAAAGGACCGGGUGCAGCGCCUUAGUAAACCGGUAGCAUCUACUUUGGCCAACAAAGAGCGCAUGAUGGUGGAGGACUACGUUAAAGAUGUAGUCUGCACCUUCUCCUACCCAGGAGGAGAGAUAAACCAUAAGAUAUCAUUCCUGGUGAGUAACGAGUUGCCCUUUGACAUGUUAUUGGGCAUGUACUACCUCGAGGUUGCCAAGCCCCAGUUUGACUGGGACAAGAAGGUGUUGAAGCACGAGUUGCCUAGUGGGAGAACCGUGAGACUGGCCAAGUACAAAGCCAGUAGGUACAGUCUGUACGAGUUUGUGGUGAUGCCCUUUGGCCUUUGCAAUGCGUCGGGUACAUUCCAGCACGCCAUGAAUAGGAUCUUCCAUGACUACUUGGACAAGUUUGUUGUCGUGUACCUCGACGACAUACUUAUCUUCAGUAGAUCUGUCGAGGAGCAUGCUCAGCAUGUAGACAAGGUACUUUCACUCCUUCGACAGCACAAGUAUAAGAUAAACACAAAGAAAUGCGAGUUUGGUCGCACUCGAAUCUUGUACUUGGGUCAUGAAGUAUCCGCGGAUGGGAUUAGGCCCGAAGAUGCUAAGGUGGCUAGCAUACGUGACUGGCCACGACCCCAGUCAGUGACUGAGGUCAGAUCAUUCUUGGGAAUGUGUGGUUAUUACCGCAAUUUCAUAAAGAAUUAUAGCACGAUCACAUCUCCCUUGACUGAUCUAACUCGACUCGACACACCAUGGGACUGGACCGACGAGUGUGAGGCAGCUUUCAAGCGUUUGAAGCAUGCUCUCACGCAUCAUGAGGUUCUCAUGGUACUCGACCCGCAAAGGCCAUUCGUUGUAACCACUGACGCAAGUCAAUAUGGGAUUGGCGCAGUGCUGGCUCAGCAGGAAGGGAAGAAGUUGAGACCGAUCGAGUACAUGAGCAAAAAAAUGCCUUCAAAGAAGUUGGCAGAGUCCACCUACGAGAGGGAACUCUACGCUCUUUACAAGGCACUUGUCCACUGGAGGCACUACCUGUUAGGAAGGUUCUUCUAUUUGAGAAUUGACCAUCAGACACUCAAGUGGAUUAAGACUCAACCAGUUCUCUCAUAUGCACUCAAACGCUGGAUUGAAGUCAUAGAUCAAUAUGAUUUCAAACUAGACUAUUUGAAGGGAGAAUACAACAAGGUUGCAUACGCGUUGUCUAGGAGGGCAGAUUACCUAGGUGCACUGAUUUCUGAGUUUGGUCUAUCUGAAGAUGUAACUCGAUCUUUGGAGGAAGCCUACAAGGAAGAUCCCAUCACGAUGGACAUCAUCAACAAAUUACAGGCGAAAGACAAGGUUACCACUGGUGAGUUUGUGAUGGUGGAUGGGUUGCUCUUUCUUGAGAAGGCAAGGUUCACGAGGUUAGUUGUUCCAUCUAGGGAAUCUUUGCAUAGUUUGUUUUUAGCGCUGUGGGAUUCCGGUUCUCAGUGUGACUUCAUUCACCCCCGUGUGGUGAAAGAGGCCCGCUUACCUGCGACCGGGUCUCCGUCUCCCAUCUCUGUCACCCUCGGGGAUGACAAGACCCAGCGCUUCUUGGAACAGACGGUCACCGAUCUCCCUUUCUUCCUCACCCUCGAGCCGACUGAUCAUUCCCCGGCGUCUCGUCGCCACCGCUCCUCUGCACAUUUGGAUGUGAUGGAGACGGGGUACGACUUCAUUCUCGGCACUUCGCGGUCUUUUCGGUUCCGCAGCACCGAGGCCGAUUGGGCGACCAACACUCUCGUUCUCAAAACGAAGUGUGGACAGACGUAUCGCGUACCUUUCAUAGGUACCACUGCGACACCAUGCCCCAAUCCUCCUCCCCCGGAGCCUUCAGUGCCCACACCAUCUCCCUCUAUCACUGUCACCUCGCCUCGACAGUUCGCUCACUUCAUCCGACAGGACGACGUCACCUUCUUUAUGGUGAACGUGACGGAUCUCUUACACUAUGAUCCACCGUGUCCUGACGCCGAGCUCAUCCCUGUGGAGCCCGAUCCUCCUUCUAUCUCCAUGGCUCCCAUCUUUACUUCCGUCCCUCCGCCAUCCGUCGAGUCCACCCCGCCGUCGCGCGCUGACGCUGACGCUGAGGAACUCGCACGAUGUACGGAUGACUUGGAGCCCGCAGUUCGUGACCUCAUCCGAGAGUACCACGACGUUUUCCCAUCGUCGUUCUCGUACGCCGGCAUCCCACAGAUGCGUAACGUCAAGCACUCCAUUCAGCUUGUGCCUGAAUAUCGUGUUCACCACCAGGCACCCUACAGACUCUCGAUCCCCGAGGCCACCGAACUCAAGCGUCAGCUUGAGGAGCUCCUGAGACUGGGUUUCAUUAAACCCAGCAACUCCCCGUGGGGUGCACCCGUCCUCUUUGCUCGCAAAGCGGACGGAACUCUCCGUCUCUGCAUCGACUAUCGCGGUCUCAACCGCUACACGGUUAAGAAUAGCUACCCCAUGCCUCGUUCCGAUGAGCUGUUCGACCGCCUAGCAGGCAACCGCUUCUUUACGAAGAUUGAUCUUUGUAGUUGUUACCAUCAGAUCCGCGUUGCUGCAGCCAACCAGCCGAAGACCGCGUUCUGAUCUCGAUUCGGCCACUACGAGUUCACGGUGAUGCCAUUCGGCCUCACUAAUGCUCCCGCUACCUUUCAGAGGGCGAUGAACGACAUCU